AUGGAGAAGUCAGGAGAACUAAACCUGAUGAAGACGGAGAUGGAGAAGUUUGAAGAAGCGGGAGAACUAGGCCAGGCGAGAGAACCAGGCGCUGUGAAGAAGCAGGAGAAAGAAAAGAUAGAAGCAAUAUUAUCAGAAUCGGACCGGUCAUCAAACUGGCAAGGGAUCGGGUCAAUAGUUCGCUGGUUCAACUGUUGGAAGAUCACACGGGGGGCUGGUAAAUCAAGCCUUGUAUUGCGCUUCGUCAAGGGGCCAUUUUCUCGAAUUUCAGGUUUGAAUCGACGAUCAAGCAGCGUUCUUCUCGCAGACGCUGGACAAGAGGGCAUAAUAACUGGCAUAGUCCGUCACGUUGCAGAAGUAACUCGCCGGAAAUCACCACUUCCGGCUGAAUAUUUUCCGGCAAUGUCGGCGGCGAAACCUUCACAGCCACCGUCUUCCACCUCCGUAUGCACUCUGCAUAGUUCGUUCCUCACUCUCGCAAUCGUAACCCUUGUCUCUUUCACAUCACUCUCUCUCAGAUCCCUCCAUUCCCCCACUCUCCAAUCCAGCUCGCCUCGUCAGACACUCUUGCCUAUUAAUACUUCUCAGGUGGUUAGAGAGAAUAAUGUGGAGGAGGAGUUACCGGAUCUGUAUCAUUCGCCGGAGAUAUUUAGGCUGACUUAUGCGGAGAUGGUGAGGAGAUUCAAAGUUUUUAUCUACCCAGAUGGUGAUCCAAAUACGUUCUAUCAGAAGCCGAGGAAGCUUACGGGAAAGUAUGCGAGCGAGGGAUAUUUCUUUCAGAAUAUCAGAGAGAGUAAGUUCCGCACGGAUGAUCCGGAUCAGGCUGACCUCUUUUUCAUUCCGAUCUCUUGCCAUAAGAUGAGAGGGAAGGUACAGUGUGUUCGAUUUUUUCAUCGUCGGCUGUGAAUGGUAUUGACUGUAGAUUCAAUUUUCCCGGUCUUUACAUGGCUUAUAGUGCUAUAACCUAACCUAUGUUUGCCUAGUGUGGUGCCUUGUUUGAUGCAUAUAUUUGAUAAUGUGAUAUGGGGCAUUUAUUGUUGUGGAAACUUGUGACUAUUUGGAUUGAAUAUUGCUAUUGUUGCAGUGUACAGUAAUAGUGAUCAGUAACAUCAUG